AUGCAGACGCUUGCCGCUACAGGCGUCCAGGCGCACCUCGCGAAGGCCUUCUGUGCCAACCUGCACACCCUUUCCCCAGGUCAGUUCGCGUUCACACUUUUCAGCGUGGCCAAAUUUGAGCUGAGUGCCGAAGUGAGGAAUCAGCUCGUGGUUGCGCUGACCGACACUGUUCUGAGAAUGUCUACAUCGUCUGAUGCCGGAAGACAUCAAACAAACGACGAUCAGAAACGGGGCACAACUUCUGCAAAGCCCUCCGCACAGCUUGCCCUGCGCAACUUCCCCUCCGAGUCGUCUGUUGGAAUGAUGCUUUCCGGGUUUGUGUCUGUGAUAUCUCCCUCCUCCUCGUCGGCGUCGCAAAUAGGGGGAGUCGAAGGGAAAGCAAAUGGCACGAACGUGGAAGGGCGAAAUCUCACUGCACAGCUAUCCAUUGCACUUCGCAAAUGUCUGGUGCCGGAACUGUUGCACAUGUAUAACAGUUCGUGCGAUGUUGACAUCCAGGAGGAGAAGGUCAGCGGAGAAAAUCUUCCGGAGCAAGGUAUUACUUCCUCUCACACGACAAGCAUAUUAGCACCAGCAUCGAGUUCCUCGUGGCAAUUCCUAGCCCAGCUACGAGCCUUCUUGCAGCUCGUCUGCCUGGAGCCUCAAGAAAAUGAUGAUGGGGUGAACGAUGCGGAGGCAUUGUCUGACUUGUCCGCGGCCCGGACCACUACGGUUGGAAACAAUGUUCAGGAUUUGGUACACCUUCUGGAGAACCGCUAUGCAAAGAUUGCCAACGACAUGCAAAGCGCGGCUGUCGCUGCCGCGACUGGGUUUGCGAAUGCCGUGGAGGGGAAGGUUUUGGCAACGAAGAAGCUGCAAGAGGUAUUAAACCUAAAGGAGAACAAGACUGCCCGCCCUGUUGGUGAUCAUUUUGCUGUACUAGCGGUGAACCUGUCGUGCAAGAAGUUGGAGAAGAUGUUCCGCCGGCAAACUGGGUUGAAGAAGAAGAAUUUCAAAGUUGUGUCAAGGUUCUGUGCUUCUGAACCCGAACAACGUACGCCGGAAGGACCUGAACCACAACCAGCAGCGGAAAGAAAUACCUGCACAACGAGGACGACCGUAAGAAAAAUCACAACCGUGGCCGACGCCUCGGUAACGAAGUUCCUGGAGCAAGCCACCUCCGGCGCUAGCACCUCCGACGAAGCUUGUUCAGCCUCCUCCUCAGGAGCCAGUUGUUUCUCCUCGCCACCGAGGCUUAUUAUCGUCGAAGCCAGCACCAACCGGGAGGCGACGAGCUUUUUGUUGCAUAGUUUCGUCGAGGGGCAGCUGCUACAGACGCCUCGAGACCACGGAACGGAUCGCGACACGGGAAGCGAAGUUGACGCCGAAGGAGAGUCCGAAAGUAGAGUAAAAUCUGUCGAUGUUCUACUCCUCGGCCGGGAGAAUACGGGAAUUUCCACCACUUGGGUGCAGCAUUUCCGCGAGCUGGCCACGACAAAUAUAUCUUCAUCCACUCCGAACAAAGAAGCGUCGGCUUGUGAUGCAACGUCACGUAUUAAUGAAGAACCUUGUUCCUGUUCGUGGAGUUUGAAAGCCGUCUACAGCCUGACACCGCCUGCGGACGAUCGUGGUUGCAACGAUGUCGCAAAUACUGGCGGGGCGAUUCUCCACCUGCAAUGUUCAUUCACGAGAAAAACAAGUGCCAAGGAAAAUCUUGUCCGCAGCACGCAGACGCGCAACAUUUUAAAGCCAACCUCCGUCCUCGGAGUCCAGACUGAGUUGCAGAAGGUGCUCGCGUUCUUGCCGGAUCAAAAUACAACUGCGGCUGGUGGCGCCACGUCUUCAAAAGCAGCUCCGAAAGAAAAGUGGUACGUCUACCCGGGUCUCUUCGCCGGUGGCACUGUUGACAAGAUGACGGCUUACUUGCUGCAAGUGGUGAGCAAAAACUUCGACACGAUGAGGAAUUUCGACUGCAAAACUCCGAGGACCUCGCCAUUCGAGAUCCUAGACUUCUGCUCCGGGUCUGGUGUGUUGGCCCGUGGGGUGCUGGAUUGGAUCAACGUCAACCAUAAAAGAAAGAAAGCGCCACUCGCAGUCGAACUCGAUCUGCUCGACAACGACGCCCUGGCCCUUCUCGCAGCAAAGAAAAACGUCCCCGAGAGCCGGAGUUUUUACCUGUCGAAUUGCUUCAAAACACUCCUACUAGAUAGUGCUGACAGCGAACAACAGGAACUACAAGCUAGUGCACCAGCUGCUGCGGCAAGAGCGGAAACUACGGUAAGAACACACGUGACGUACGACCUGAUCCUAUCCAACCCGCCCGUCCACGAUGGGACCAACGCCGAUUGCUUCUCCGUUGUGGAGGAUCUGCUGGGGAAGGCGGAGAGGUUUCUGAAAACCAACGGUGAGCUCUGGUUGGUCGCACAGAACUACAUUCCUGUCGGCUGUAUGUUCGACAAAGUGAGGAGCGCCGCGGUGAUGUCGAACAAGAGCAAAACUACGAACAAGAUGAACGAGCAAAAAUCAUUUUCGUCCCUGCAAUGUGUCAAAUUGUACACGAAUGGCCGGUUCUCCGUGUGGAGGUUCGCAAAAACUUCUACGGGAAUUCGUGUCUGUGAAGAGGGGGCAGAAUCAAGAACAUCCCGAAGGAUAACAGGUGGCGGCGCAGAACAAAGACAAAGAACUAAGACGACCAAGAGGCAUCGGAAACGAAGCAGUGAGCAUCAAGAUGAGUCUCCUCAGCAUGCAGUCGCAGGCACGCCAGACACCGAGGAGCCUGUAAAGAAGAAAAAGAAGCAGAAGAUGUAGAUCAUGGUUCCUCCGCGUAAAACAGGAAAAAUAAAAAAUGGCUUAUUGAUUAACGAAGACCAUCGCAGUUGGUUGCGCGAACAUAUUUUUCGAACCUACUUGCUGUUUGCUCAGUCAUGGCGACACUGGUG